GACAACUGAUAUGUCCAGCAAAGCCACUGCAGCUCCUACAGCUUCCUCGCUCUUCAGCACAGAGAAGCCAACAGCAUUGCCAAGUGAGGAACAAGACAGUGUUGCCACAGAUUACACAGAAAAGCCCUCAUUUGAGACAGAGGGUGUUUCUAUCAACACUGCAGUAUAUGAAGAGGGCUCAGGUGUCCAAACUCCAGACAUGUUCUCUUCAACCUCUUCUGUCACUGAGACAUCUUCAUCUGUGUUCAGCACUGUUGCCCCAACAGCACUAUCACCUGGAACCAAAGAAAGUCUUGGAACAGACAAGACAAAAAUACCAUCAGUUACUGCAGAACCGUCAGUUUCCUCUGUCCCUGAUGAGGCACUAUCCAGCUCAUUAACGGUGUCUCCAAGUUUGUCUUCUUUUAUAUCCUCUGCUGUUCCAGUCAUUGAGGAUGGAUAUAUUAGCAGUGAGAUUACAACAGUGGAGUCCGUUCCUGCCAUCAGUCAAACAACCUUGAAAUCUGAAACGGCAUCAAUCUUCAUCACAACAGAUACAGAGAGUUCUGGAGACAGUACUAAUGAAUUCAUUGAACAGUCAUUCUUUACUGCAACUACCUCUCCUUCAAUUAUGAGUACAGAGUCGCCAUCAGUCCCUGCAUCACAAGAAUUGGAAUCAGCCAGUAUGCCAUCAGUUGCUGUUACUGCAGCUUCAUCACUCUACAGUACGGAUAAACCUAAAACAUUGUCACCUGAAACCCAAGAGACUGUCACUACAAGUCAGACAGAGAAGGAUUAUGUGACAUCUGAGACAAUUUCGGCUUCCCCUACAGCUGAUGAAGAAAGAUCAGUUAAACAGACAACUGAUAUGUCCAGCAAAGCCACUGCAGCUCCUACAGCUUCCUCGCUCUUCAGCACAGAGAAGCCAACAGCAUUGCCAAGUGAGGAACAAGACAGUGUUGCCACAGAUUACACAGAAAAGCCCUCAUUUGAGACAGAGGGUGUUUCUAUCAACACUGCAGUAUAUGAAGAGGGCUCAGGUGUCCAAACUCCAGACAUGUUCUCUUCAACCUCUUCUGUCACUGAGACAUCUUCAUCUGUGUUCAGCACUGUUGCCCCAACAGCACUAUCACCUGGAACCAAAGAAAGUCUUGGAACAGACAAGACAAAAAUACCAUCAGUUACUGCAGAACCGUCAGUUUCCUCUGUCCCUGAUGAGGCACUAUCCAGCUCAUUAACGGUGUCUCCAAGUUUGUCUUCUUUUAUAUCAUUUACUGUUCCAGACAUUGAGGAUGGAUAUAUAAGCAGUGAAGUCACAAGGGUGGAGUCCAUUCCUUCCAUUAGUCAAUCAACCAUGAAAUCUGAAACGGAAUCAAUCUUAAUUACUACAGACACAGAGAGUUCUGGAGACAGUACUAAUGAAUUCAUUGAACAGUCAUUCUUUACUGCAACUACCUCUCCUUCAAUUAUGAGUACAGAGUCGCCAUCAGUCCCUGCAUCACAAGAAUUGGAAUCAGCCAGUAUGCCAUCAGUUGCUGUUACUGCAGCUUCAUCACUCUACAGUACGGAUAAACCUAAAACAUUGUCACCUGAAACCCAAGAGACUGUCACUACAAGUCAGACAGAGAAGGAUUAUGUGACAUCUGAGACAAUUUCGGCUUCCCCUACAGCUGAUGAAGAAAGAUCAGUUAAACAGACAACUGAUAUGUCCAGCAAAGCCACUGCAGCUCCUACAGCUUCCUCGCUCUUCAGCACAGAGAAGCCAACAGCAUUGCCAAGUGAGGAACAAGACAGUGUUGCCACAGAUUACACAGAAAAGCCCUCAUUUGAGACAGAGGGUGUUUCUAUCAACACUGCAGUAUAUGAAGAGGGCUCAGGUGUCCAAACUCCAGACAUGUUCUCUUCAACCUCUUCUGUCACUGAGACAUCUUCAUCUGUGUUCAGCACUGUUGCCCCAACAGCACUAUCACCUGGAACCAAAGAAAGUCUUGGAACAGACAAGACAAAAAUACCAUCAGUUACUGCAGAACCGUCAGUUUCCUCUGUCCCUGAUGAGGCACUAUCCAGCUCAUUAACGGUGUCUCCAAGUUUGUCUUCUUUUAUAUCCUCUGCUGUUCCAGUCAUUGAGGAUGGAUAUAUUAGCAGUGAGAUUACAACAGUGGAGUCCGUUCCUGCCAUCAGUCAAACAACCUUGAAAUCUGAAACGGCAUCAAUCUUCAUCACAACAGAUACAGAGAGUUCUGGAGACAGUACUAAUGAAUUCAUUGAACAGUCAUUCUUUACUGCAACUACCUCUCCUUCAAUUAUGAGUACAGAGUCGCCAUCAGUCCCUGCAUCACAAGAAUUGGAAUCAGCCAGUAUGCCAUCAGUUGCUGUUACUGCAGCUUCAUCACUCUACAGUACGGAUAAACCUACAACAUUGUCACCUGAAACCCAAGAGACUGUCACUACAAGUCAGACAGAGAAGGAUUAUGUGACAUCUGAGACAAUUUCGGCUUCCCCUACAGCUGAUGAAGAAAGAUCAGUUAAACAGACAACUGAUAUGUCCAGCAAAGCCACUGCAGCUCCUACAGCUUCCUCGCUCUUCAGCACAGAGAAGCCAACAGCAUUGCCAAGUGAGGAACAAGACAGUGUUGCCACAGAUUACACAGAAAAGCCCUCAUUUGAGACAGAGGGUGUUUCUAUCAACACUGCAGUAUAUGAAGAGGGCUCAGGUGUCCAAACUCCAGACAUGUUCUCUUCAACCUCUUCUGUCACUGAGACAUCUUCAUCUGUGUUCAGCACUGUUGCCCCAACAGCACUAUCACCUGGAACCAAAGAAAGUCUUGGAACAGACAAGACAAAAAUACCAUCAGUUACUGCAGAACCGUCAGUUUCCUCUGUCCCUGAUGAGGCACUAUCCAGCUCAUUAACGGUGUCUCCAAGUUUGUCUUCUUUUAUAUCCUCUGCUGUUCCAGUCAUUGAGGAUGGAUAUAUUAGCAGUGAGAUUACAACAGUGGAGUCCGUUCCUGCCAUCAGUCAAUCAACCAUGAAAUCUGAAACAGCAACAAUCUUUAUCACAACAGAUACAGAGAGUUCUGGAGACAGUACUCCUGAGUUAAUUGAAGAGUCAUUAUUCACUGCAACUACCUUCCCUUCAAUUCUGAGUACAGAGUCGCCAUCUGUCCCUGCAUCACAAGAAUUGGAAUCAACCAGUAUGCCAUCAGUUGUUGUUACUGCAGCUUCAUCAAUCUACAGUACAGAUAAACCUACAUCAUUGUCACCUGAAACACAAGAGACUGUCACUACAAGUCAAACAGAGAAGGAUUAUGUGACAUCUGAGACAAGUUCGUCUUCCCCUAGAGCUGAUGAAGAAAGCUCAGUUGAACAGACAACUGAUAUGUCCAGCAAAGACACUGCAGCUCCUACAGCUUCCUCGCUCUUCAGCACAGAGAAGCCAACAGCAUUGCCAAGUGAGGAACAAGACAGUGUUGCCACAGAUUACACAGAAAAGCCCUCAUUUGAGACAGAGGGUGUUUCUAUCAACACUGCAAUAUAUGUAGAGGGCUCAGGUGUCCAAACUCCAGAAAUGUUCUCAUCAACCUCUUCUGUCACUGAGACAUCUUCAUCUGUGUUCAGCACUGUGGCCCCAACAGCACUAUCACCUGGAACCAAAGAAAGUCUUGGAACAGACAAGACAAAAAUACCAUCAGUUACUGCAGAACCGUCAGUUUCCUCGGUCUCUGAUGAGUCAUUAUCCAGCUCAAUAACGGUGUCUCCAAGUUUGUCUUCUUUUAUAUCAUUUACUUUUCCAGACAUUGAGGAUGGAUAUAUAAGCAGUGAAGUCACAAAGGUGGAGUCCAUUCCUUCCAUUAGUCAAUCAACCAUGAAAUCUGAAACGGAAUCAAUCUUAAUUACUACAGACACAGAGAGUUCUGGACAAAGUACUUCUGAGUUCGUUGAAGAGUCAUUCUUCACUGCAACUACCUUCCCUUCAAUACUGAGUACAGAGGCACCAUCAGUCCCUGCAUCACAAGAAUUGGAAUCAACCAGUAUGCCAUCAGUUGUUACUGCAGCUUCAUCACUCUACAGUACGGAUAAACCUACACCAUUGUCACCUGAAACACAAGAGACUGUCACUACAAGUCAGACAGAGAAGGAUUAUGUGACAUCUGAGACAAUUUCGGCUUCCCCUACAGCUGAUGAAGAAAGAUCAGUUGAACAGAAAACUGAUAUGUCCAGCAAAGCAACUGCAGCUCGUACAGCUUCCUCGCUCUUCAGCACAGAGAAGCCAACAGCAUUGCCAAGUGAGGAACAAGACAGUGUUGCCACAGAUUACACAGAAAAGCCCUCAUUUGAGACAGAGGGUGUUUCUAUCAACACUGCAGUAUAUGAAGAGGGCUCAGGUGUCCAAACUCCAGACAUGUUCUCUUCAACCUCUUCUGUCACUGAGACAUCUUCAUCUGUGUUCAGCACUGUUGCCCCAACAGCACUAUCACCUGGAACCAAAGAAAGUCUUGGAACAGACAAGACAAAAAUACCAUCAGUUACUGCAGAACCGUCAGUUUCCUCUGUCCCUGAUGAGGCACUAUCCAGCUCAUUAACGGUGUCUCCAAGUUUGUCUUCUUUUAUAUCCUCUGCUGUUCCAGUCAUUGAGGAUGGAUAUAUUAGCAGUGAGAUUACAACAGUGGAGUCCGUUCCUGCCAUCAGUCAAUCAACCAUGAAAUCUGAAACAGCAACAAUCUUUAUCACAACAGAUACAGAGAGUUCUGGAGACAGUACUCCUGAGUUAAUUGAAGAGUCAUUCUUCACUGCAACUACCUUCCCUUCAAUUCUGAGUACAGAGUCGCCAUCUGUCCCUGCAUCACAAGAAUUGGAAUCAACCAGUAUGCCAUCAGUUGUUGUUACUGCAGCUUCAUCAAUCUACAGUACAGAUAAACCUACAUCAUUGUCACCUGAAACACAAGAGACUGUCACUACAAGUCAAACAGAGAAGGAUUAUGUGACAUCUGAGACAAGUUCGUCUUCCCCUAGAGCUGAUGAAGAAAGCUCAGUUGAACAGACAACUGAUAUGUCCAGCAAAGACACUGCAGCUCCUACAGCUUCCUCGCUCUUCAGCACAGAGAAGCCAACAGCAUUGCCAAGUGAGGAACAAGACAGUGUUUUCACAGAUCACACAGAAAAGCCAUCAUAUCAGACAGAGGGUGUUUCUAUCAGCACUGCAGUACAUGAAGAGGGCUCAGGUGUCCAAACUCCAGACAUGUUCUCAUCAACCUCUUUCGUCACUGAGACAUCUUCAUCCGUGUUCAGCACUGUGGCCCCAACAGCACUAUCACCUGGAACCAAAGAAAGUCUUGGAACAGACAGGACAAAAAUGCCAUCACUUACUGCAGAACCGUCAGUUUCCUCUGUCUCUGAUGAGGCACUAUCAAGCUCAAUAACUGUGUCUCCAACUACUUUGUCGACCAAAGACACUGCAGCUCCUACAGAUUCAUUGCUGUUUAGCACUGCAAAGGAUUCUUUGACAUCUUUGACUGGUGCUGUAGAAUCUGUUCACUCCACUCUAACUCCCAUGGUUAAAGACCCUGAAAUUAGUGUUCUCACUUCUGCUGAUACUGAGAAAUUAGGAAAUCUGGAAAAAUCUGGAGAACCACUGUCAACCACUACAUUGUUACACCUGGACCUCUCCAGCAGGUCCACAAUCCCAAGAACCACAGCUACCACACCACUGCAGUUUAUGCCCGAUAUUACAAUUACUGAACAACUUCAAGAGCAAUUAAGCACAGAAAAAACAUCAGCCAUCCCAAUAAUUGAUGAUCUUGAGACUAGAUCUGCAAUCACUUUGACAGAAGAUGACAUCUCAACAGAGCAAACAACAGAAAUUUUAACAGAAGAAUCAUCUGCCAUGUCUUUGUUGCCAACCAUUGAAGAAACAACGGAACUAAGCAGCCAGUCUGCUAUAGUGAUUGGCAGCUCACAGGGAGAACCUACUACAUUUCCAAGCUCCACAACGUCAUCCAUACCUAUUAUUGAUGACACUGAGAUUAUUCAUCAAACCCCUGACUUUGAGAGAGAUGCUGGUAAAACAUCAUCCACGAUUUCUUCAAUGUUCAGCACAGAAAAACCCACAGUUACAACCUCCCUGACAACUGUUGGAAGAACAAGUGGAGCAGGUCUAAGUUCAACAACAGAUAUUACCUCAUCUCUGUAUAGUACUGAGAAACCCACAGCUAGCAUGGUGUUUGAAGAGGGCUCUGGAGACCAAACCCCUGCUAUGUUUGUAACAACUCCUUCUGUUGUUAGGACAGAGUCCCUUUCUGUUGUACCCUCAGUAAACCCUGAUAAGGAAAUGGACUACAGCAUCAGCACAGACUUCAAUUUGGUUGAAUCCUUACCUACCUUUGUGAGAACAACUGUCAAACCUACCAGCACUGCUUUCACCACAGACUCAUGGUCAUUAUUAAUAGAUGAAGUGGGCUCAGGUGAUGUUGCCACUACUCCUGUUUCUUCCAUGUUCAGUACAGAGACACCAGCUGCAGUGUUUCCACAAACUACAAAGAGCAUGACAGCAGAUGAACCGUCCAUUACAGAUACCACAGUGACUUCUGUGAAUGGCACCGAGAAGCCGUUAUUCACAACAGAAUUUCCUGAAAAUGAAACAAAUGCAGUUUUCAAAUCGCAUUUCACUUCAGCCUCUUCUCUCUACAGUACUGAGAAACCAACAUCUGCGACACCUACAUUAGCUGAGCCAACCCCAUCCAUAUUUGAAAAUACUGUCACAAAAAGUCCCUAUACACUUGAAACCUCUCAACCUAUGGCGGUCCCCAGCAUCCCCAUAUUUCCCUCAAAGGACAUGUCUACUUACAUUGACAUGGAGAGCUCUAGUGGCUCAUCUGAAGAUGAUGAUUUGGAGUCAAGUUCAGAUGGGUCAGGUGAAGAGCUAUCAACUGAAACUACCACAAAACCCCAGGAUGAAUUUACUGUGGCCACAGAUGAGACAGAAAUAGAUGAGGCUGAGAACACAUCUGACAGCUUAAGUGCUGCAUCCUCAAAUCCCUCCAGCACACAGCUGACUAAGGAAUUGAUGUCAUCAACCCAAUUUCCACAAAUGGCAAGCACUGAAAUCUACAAUACUGAUCAGGGCUUCACGGAUGAUUCUUCUGCUGAGAAUAAGAGUUCAGGUGAUGGCUUUUUUGAUGUUUCAACUAUAUUUAUACCAGUCACAAGUCCACCUAUGACGUCCGUUACAGUAGCAGCUACAAAGCGAAUCACAGUGUCUUCUAGUGCUGUUGCUGGCACAGUAGAGAGCUCAAGUGACCAAACAACAAAUAAAUCCACUGCUGAUGGAAUUACACAAACACAUACUGGCACUAUAGCCCCUUCUCUUUACAGCACUGAAAAGCCAACAGCAAUGUUUCCGGAAAUCCACACUCCAAUAGUUCAGGGCAGCUCAGUUGAUAUGUUUUCUGAGACAUCUUCAACAUCCUCUUCAGCUGUUUAUAACACAGACUCUCUUGAUAGUGCAAAGAAUACACCCUCUUCCCUGUUCAGUACAGAGAAACCUACAACAACAACAACAGCUUCUCUCUACAGCACUGAGAAGGCAACUAUCACAACAGUAUUUACUACCAGACCUACCCAGUCAAGUAAAACAUCUCUCUCUACAACAGAUUCAUCAAAACAAAGUCCAGAUUUUCAUUUAACAGAGGAAGAGACUUCUGGUGACCAAACCACUGAGAUGUUCACGUUAAAGCCAUCAGCAAUUGAGCGUGUAACAUUUGGAGAAGCAACAGGUGAAACAGAAACAUUUGUUUCAGUCACACCAACCUCUGAUGAGCAGGCUUCCUCAAAGGAGGCUGAAAACAUUCCAGAUACCCCCAUCACCCCUGAAGCAACAGAUUCUCCUGCAUCAAGCACUGGGAAAGAGAAGGUUACUCUAGCUGACCACAUAACACAUACAUCCUUUACAACUAUGUCCACUCAUACAAUUGGAGCCUCAGUUAGUGAUCCCACUACAGUUGACUUCACCAAAAUAAGCUCAAGCAGUGACCAUGAGCAAGACGGUCUCACAUCAGUGUCCACCCCAAUUCCCUCUAUCAUAUAUCAAAGCAUUACAGACCAGCAGGUCGUCAUCAUUACUCCCAGUAGCAGCCAAACCAAGACUGAGCAAACACCUACGAUGGUCUUGCAUGUGUCUAAACCAUCAACCAGCAAAACCAUCAUAUUCACAGAAGAUGUAAAGGAUGAAGAUGAGCUGUUCUCUCCAGUUACAGAACGUAUGUGGGAAAGCACCCCCACUCCUGAGCUCAUCACCAAAGAUGAUACUAUCAUUGAUGCAGAUACUAUCUCCAUAUUACCCUCCUCUCCAGUUCACCAAACCAUCCAGAAAGAGGAAGCUGGAGGCAUCUCAGCAGUUACAAUGACACAAGCGUUGGAGAAAACAGUAGAAGCAGAGGGUUCAGGGACCGAUAGUGCCACCUUCUUUACCUCUUCACCAGUAACAUCUCAUGCCACCUCAUCCACUGGCUUGCCAUUAAUUUCCACAUCUUUUAAAUAUUCACAGUCCACUUCCAAACCAUCUCCAAUGGAACGUGUAACUACUUUGGAGACAUCAAGUGAAGAGAUCGUCACAUCGUCACCACAUGCCAUUCCAGCUACCACUAUGUCCACAAAGUCAAGCUCUGACAAAACCUAUAAUUUAACUACACCACAUACGAUUUUAACCAUUGAGACUGACACCAAACCAGUCCCUGCACUGGUGGGGGAUGAUAUAUCAAGUCAGGACACCACUGAUAAUGUAACUGAUUCAAUUAUUGAGAUUGUCACAUCCUCAUUUUUACCUUUACAAACCUUAACUGAAACAAGAGACAACAGCUCUGUCACUCAUGUGUCCAGUGAGGAGUAUAUGGUCAGCACAGAUGAAAAACCAAAAUCCAUGCCCUCAUCACCUACAACAAUAACAGCCACACCUAGCGACAUGACAGAUGAAUCUUUAAGUUCCUCCAUUUUCACACAAACCACUGCAUCUCCAGUCACUGUAACAACACACACACCGGUGUCCAAUGAACCUGGCACAGUGAAAACAACCAAUGAAGCAUCUGAUGAUAAAUCUUCAGGUAAUGAUUACUCUGAGGAAGGCUCUGGGUUGGUUACCUCCAGGACAACCUUGGUGUCCUCUGUGGAUGAGUGGACAGCAUCUAAAAAACUAGUAUCAUCUACAGCUUCCUCACUGUUCAGCACUGAGAAACCAACUGUUGCCUCUGAUAUGGAUGAAGAGAUUUCACCAACUUCACCUGCAACUGCCACAGGAGAGGUUGUGUCUAUUUCUACAAAAGAAUCAAUUUCAAUGUCCACAGUUUCUUCCUUACAAAGCAGUUUAAAACCUAAUGUGAUAGUUCAGUUUGUCACCACUUUUGUCCCAGAACCAGAUACAACACUACCUGAGGUGUCCUUCCAACAGGCAAGGUCUGAGAUUACAUUGACUCAUCAUCCCCACAUUGAUAUAUCUUCUGAGGAUACUGUGUUGGCCACAACCACCCCAAUGUUGCCCAGUAGGGAGUCAAGCCAACACUUUGAACCUACUAAUGAAACUCUCCAGACAGGAGUUACAACCACGUCUCUUGAAGAUAAGACAGCUGAACCACCUAUAACAAAAGAAGUUUCAACUGAUGCAGAGGGGAGCUCAGAUAAAGACAGUAAAGUCCACGAAACAUUUACUUUUACUUUUAUAACUUCACCUCCUGUCAAUGAAAUUGUGGAUUCUAAAGGGACACAGGCUUCUGGGGUGGAAUCCAUAACUCCAGAAACUGCAACUGAAAAAUCGUCAACACGAGAAGAAGAAACUGUAGCUGUUGAGACAGGAUUUGCUACAGAGUCUAUCUCAAUGACAACACCAGAGAGUUCAAGUGAACAAAUUGUAAAGGAAACAACUUAUUCACUUUCAAAUCAAACAAAAAAGACUAUAACGCCAACUGGCUCUUCGCUGUUCAGUACUGAGUCUCCAUUGGUAGCUUCCAUAUCAGAAGUUACUGAUAUAGAGGACUCUGAAGAGACAUCAUCAACAGAGAGUGUGCAGACUGCUACUCCCCACCCUGCCCCUGAGGAUUCAACUGCAAUGAUGCUUGAGACAGACACUAUGAAAACUAAAGACGGCUCACGUAAUGAAAAUACGCCAUCAGAGAGUGAGGACGUCUCUGUAUCAACAGAAUCAAGUAUUACCAUUUUACCAGAAGAUGGUUCAGGUGACAAGACAUUGAGUAUCUUUGACUCCGACUCUGUCACUCCAACUGUUACAUCCCUGUCUGGUAUUAUUAAGAUGGAUUUAACAUCUGAGAUGGAAAACAACCAUACUGAUAAGUCAGCAUCAUCUACAUAUGAACAAACCUCAGGUCAGAGAUCAGCUGAGAUCUUCUUCACUGAAGCCUAUGCAACAGAUGACCCUUCUGUGAUCAGCACUGUCCAGUCAACUAAGACACCAACUUCUUUUGAGUCAGGAUCAACAGGUUCUGAACAUGAGGAGACCCAAGAUUCAGACCUGACAAGAACGCCUCCACCCACUGGUGUAACACAUGCUACCGAAAUCUCUGCAAGUUCAGAUACUGAAGUAUCGGUUGCCACAAUCCCAGCGGAACACAUUUCUGUUGAACCCACUUCAAAUUUCCUUUCUGCCUCAGCAACAUCACAGCCUGAUGUUAUGGUCCAAUUUGCUACAACAGUCCCCCCUGUACAGCACCUAACAACUCCCCAGGAAUCAUUUGAACAAGUCAAAUCAGAGAUCACACUAACACACCGCCCUCGCACUGAUCUUUCCUCUCAGGAUGUUUCACUGUCCACCACUCACCCUAUUUUUGAAAAUCGUGAAAUGAGCCAGGUUACAGAAGCAGCAACUAGGCUUGCUACUGCUUCUUCAGUGGCUGAAGUUAUUUCUUCUUCAGCUAGAGAAGGGACAGUUGAACCCUCUCUUGAGCAGGUUUCAAGUGGUGCAAAGACAAAACCAUCUCCAGAUACAGAUGUCCAAAUAGCACCUUCACCAGUUGACACUCUUGAUUAUUUUCCAAGCCCAGAUUAUGACGCACCAGACCCCUACUUUGUUGAAUCAGAUCCACAAUACAACAAACCUGCAACCUCAAAAGAAGUAGAAGUAACAUUCAUUACUACACACACUUCUGUUUCUCAAUUAUCUGAGAGUAAUUCUGUUGACUCAGUGAACCAUACUGAAAGUAAUUCAAAAGAAAUGGCAACUCAGUCACCUGUAGAAGCAACAGCUAUCACUGUCUUGCCUUCUGUAUCAACUCCUGACAGUGCAGCAUCAUCCUCUAGUUCUGAGAAUGAUUCAGAUAGCACCAGCAGCUCAGAAGAAAGGAUGACCACAGAAAGCACAAUUAAGAUGGGUGGUGACGAGUUUGAGAACAUCACCUCUGACCCAUCAGCCAUGACUAAAUCACCAUCCGUCCUUAGCACUGAGACUGAAAGUGUCUCUGUCCAGUCUGAAAGUGAGUCUGGAGAGCUGAUGCCUACAAAGAAGCCAAAGAUUGACAGUAUGGAGGAACAGUCUCUGUCCCCAGAUGAAAUCCAGACGGUAUUCAAGGUAGAUGCCACCACAGCGUCAAAGGUGGAGUCUACUAGUGUUGAUAACACCACUGGACAAGAGAACAUUUUAGACCAAAUUGAGGGAGAAGUCUCUCUUCACACUGAAAGGGCCCACUCAGAGUUCACAGCAAUAUCAACAGCUCAGCCUCAAAGCCAGUCAGCAUUAGUUCAAUCUGUAGCUACCUCUCCAUCAUCUUUUUAUGAGACUGAGAAACUGGGCAGUGACUCAACUACAAAUCCAUCACUUAUUGAAGUUACACUACCAAUGAAAGCAGAAGAAACAACUGCCGAGCCAGAUACAGGACUUGAUUUGGGACACACUGUUGUUGGCGAGACUGUUGAAAUUCCAGGAGUUCACUCAUGUACAGGGGACAUUUGUCUAAAUGGAGGAUCUUGCCUCAAAAUCGGCAGCCUCUAUACCUGUAGUUGUGCUCCUGGUUACAGUGGUGAUCGCUGUGAGAAAGAUAUUGAUGAGUGCCAGUCUAAUCCUUGCCGCAAUGGAGGUACAUGUGUUGAUGGGCUGGCUUCCUUUACAUGUGUGUGCCUCCCAAGCUACUCUGGGCUGCAUUGUGAAGAGGAUACAGAAAUAUGUGACUAUGGCUGGCAUAAAUUUCAGGGCCACUGCUACAAGUACUUCGCCCAAAGAAGAAACUGGGACACAGCAGAGAGAGAGUGUCGCAUGCAGGGGGCUCAUCUCACCAGCAUCCUCUCCCACGAGGAGCAACAGUUUGUCAACCGUCUUGGACAGGACUACCAGUGGAUCGGCCUGAAUGAUAAGAUGUUUGACAGCGACUUCCGCUGGACUGACGGCAGGCCUAUGCAAUAUGAAAACUGGAGGCCCAACCAGCCUGACAGCUUCUUCGCGUCUGGCGAGGACUGCGUAGUGAUGAUCUGGCAUGAGGACGGCCAGUGGAACGAUGUCCCUUGCAACUACCACCUCACCUUCACCUGCAAGAAGGGCACAGUGGCCUGUAACCAGCCCCCUCUGGUGGAGAACGCACGAACCUUUGGUAAAAAACGGGAGAGGUAUGAGAUCAACACGCUCGUGAGGUACCAGUGCCGAACAGGCUUUAUACAGAGGCACGUCCCAACCAUCCGUUGUCGUGGGGAUGGACAUUGGGACAUCCCUAAAAUCUCCUGUAUGAACCCCUCAAGCUAUCAGAGGACCUUUAACAGAAGACAUCAACACCGUAGUCUCUACAGCAUAAACAACUUCAACAGAUGGCCGGGCGAGGCCCACACCUUUCACCACCAGCGCUACCGGGGACGGAGGGACAGGACGGAACACAAGAGGAAGAGACAGUGAUUGCCAUGCAGCAUGGCACAGCUUGCCCGAGACAAGAACGCAUGGCUGACGCCUGUGUGAAAACGAGGAAAAGGAUUCUCAAAGGAAAGGAGAAGAAAGAGAAAACUCAUCAAAGAAACCAAGAGGAUAAUCUGCUGUUUUCUUGCAUUUUGGAAGACGAUGGAAUCUCAUGAAGUGCCUUUUUUAAAGAGAUGUUGACAGACGACUUUCUUAUCAAGGGGCACUGUUGCAUAACAAUGCCAAUGUGGAUAAAACACUUUCAGCUGGCUACUGGAGACGCAAAAAGUAUUCUCAUCAUACUUUUUUAAAACUGUGGACUGUGUGUUUUUUUCCUAUCAAAUAAUACAUUCACCAUAAGUGUCCCUUAUUCAUUGGAGAAAAAAGAAAGCUUUUUAUGAAAUUAUAGCGCUUAUGUUAUGUAAAGGAGUCGAUAGUGUUGUUGUGGUGUUUUUAAGCUGCACUCGACCUUUAACUAUACAAAAGAUCCAUGUUUGGCCUCUCAGAAGAAACAAGUGAGGCCUCGGCAUCAUUAAUGCAAAGGACUUUGAGUGGAUUGUUAUAUCGCAUGAACUAUAAGCCUUUAUUCUUUCUUUGUGGUGGCAGCUUUAAAAGUAUCAAAUAUCCACCUUUCAUUCCCAACCUUCACUGGGUGUUUAUUGCUAGAUUUCUAUAGAGAGAAUAAAAAAGAAAGAAA